GGGGCCCAUCCUCAUAGGCCCCGCUCCGGGCAGGCCCGCCCCUUGAAGCCCUGCCCACAGCGCCCCGCCCCUUUCCGGAAGCUCGGUGCAGAGCAGAGCUUGCCCUUCUCCACGUGGGUCUCCCCGGCUCCCAGCUCCUCUCUUCCGAAAGACCCCGCGGGGGGCUCGGCGUCGGACCCUAGCUCCUGCCCGGCAUGAACCGCUACCUCCUGCCGCUGUCCGUGCUGGGCACGGCGGUGGGUGGUGCGGUGCUGCUCCGAGACUACGUUGCGGGCGGGGCCUGUCCCAGCAAGGCCACCAUUCCUGGGAAGACCGUCAUUGUGACUGGCGCCAACACGGGGAUCGGAAAGCAGACAGCCAUGGAACUGGCCAGGAGAGGAGGCAACGUCAUUCUGGCCUGUCGAGAUAUGGAGAAGUGUGAGGCGGCGGCAAAGGACAUUCGCGGGGAGACCCUUAAUCACCGCGUCAGGGCCCGGCACUUGGACUUGGCCUCCCUCAAGUCCAUCCGAGAGUUUGCCGCAAAGAUCACUGAAGAGGAGAAGCAGGUGCAUGUUCUGGUCAACAAUGCGGCCGUGAUGCGGUGUCCGCACUGGACCACGGAGGACGGCUUCGAGAUGCAGUUUGGCGUUAACUACUUGGGUCACUUUCUUUUGACAAACUUGCUGCUGGACAGACUGAAAGCCUCGGCCCCUUCACGGAUCAUCAACCUCUCGUCCUUGGCCCACAUCGCAGGACACGUAGACUUUGACGACUUGAACUGGGAGAAAAGGAAGUAUGACACCAGAGCGGCUUAUUGCCAGAGUAAGCUGGCCAUCAUCCUCUUUACCAAGGAGCUGAGCCGGCGGCUGCAGGGCACGGGUGUGACGGUCAACGCUGUGCACCCUGGUGUGGCCAGGACGGAGCUGGGCAGGCACACGGGCAUGCAUAGCUCUGCCUUCUCCAGCUUCACGCUUGGGCCUGUCUUUUGGUUGCUGGUCAAGAGCCCCGAGCUGGCAGCCCAGCCCAGCACGUACCUGGCUGUGGCGGAGGAACUGGAGGGUGUUUCUGGGAAGUACUUCGACGGACUCAAAGAGAAGGCUCCGGCCCCUGAAGCUGAGAAUGAGGAGACAGCCCAGAGACUUUGGGCUGAAAGUGCCCGCCUGGUGGGCUUGGAGAUGCCUCAUGCUUCCUCUGUGAGGAAAUAACCUCUUGGAGCCUCUGCCCAAAUAACCUCUUGGAGCCUGUGGAAACUACGUGGGAGGCUGAGUACCAGGAUGGAGCAGCAAAACCAACCAAGGUUGGCCGCUCUGUCUGCAGCACCCUCUGGGUGGCAGUGUUGGCCAAGGAAUGCUGAUGUCCAUGCCCCUGUCACGCUCCGGAUGGCAGUGCCUGUCGCCUGAGCCUCAAGGCCACUGCUGUCAUGCCUUGCCGCACCUUCUGGGAGUCAGUAUUGGCCAAGGAAUACUGUCUGCCAUGCCUACGUCACCCUCUAAGUGGCGCUGUUGGCUGCUUGAGCCCAAGAUCGCUACUGUCAUACCCCCAGCACCCUCUAGGUGGCAGUGUUGGUUGAGGAAUGCUUACUGCCCUCCCCCCCGUCUUUGGCUGUGAGAGCCUGGAGAUCACCGCUGUCAUGCUGGUACUGCCCUGAAGGUGGCAGAUGCCCAGGGAACGCUGGCUGCCAUGUCCACACCACCCUAUAGGGGUCACUAGCGGCCCUUUUCUCUUUUCUCAGGCACAGUGGACAGGACUGCAGAUGUGCACCUGGCACAGUGGCCAGCUGGUGCAGUGCGCCCUGUAGCCCAUAGGUGCGUGGGGCCUUCAGAAACCUGCCUUGAGUGUGUAACUGGGAACUGCUGUGGGGGGCAUCUGCUCCAUCUGCCGUGGGCGUGUCAGGAGAGCCAGUGGUGGCCACUGUGCAGAACCGUAUGACUGCUGGGGAGGGUGUCGACCAGCCAUGGUCAAGUUCCUGGUUCCCUGUGGGACUUCAGGUGCGUCUCUGAGCCACGGUUUCUUCCCCGGCGCGUGUGCAGAAUAACCUGACCACCUCACUGGAGGGAGUGUUGAUGAAUGAGUUCUUGCCUGGCUGAGUGAAUGGAGCCAUUCACUGCUGAAUGUUCCCUUGCACGUGCCGUACCCUGGCCGAGCCACUGGGGACAGCCCUGAGGACAGGCCUUGUGAUGCCAGCCCUGCUCGGGACAGUGAGAGCCGAAGACCCACCAGCUGCAUGGCUUCAGUGACAGAAUCCAAGUUGGCACUCCGCUCCCACACAAAAUUGGGGGAGGGGAUGCACCAGAAAGUUCAGUAAUCCGUAUACACAUAUUUUAACAAGAAAUUGUAACAUUUGAGAUACUUGUGUAGGCCAGGGAUGCUGCUCUACACCCUUCGCUACCUAGAACAGUGGCUCAUGCCCUGCUGCAAAUGCUGAUGGUGCUGAGGACGGAAUUAAAGACUGCUCAGGGCUGUGUAAGUACGGUUAGUUUUCUUUGAUGAAUGCACUUGGGUAGGCACCUUCCAGCAUGGACCCCAGCGGUCCCCACCUGCCCCUGUCCACACCCUCCAGCUACUCACUUCUAGGGCGGAGAACAGAGCAAAGCUGGCAGAACAUCCGGUUCUGGGGUUUGGUUGCUGACGGGCGUCUGUACUGAGAGCAGGUGCUUGCUGGCCCUCGCCCUGCCUCCCUGCGAUGGAGCCGUGGGCUGCCAAGAGCUGGACAGCCAGAGAGGAAAUGAGGCCUCCGUCCAGCAGUGCAGGAGAAGGUGUGAGCGCCAGAUGGUGGAAUCCCAGGAGGGCACCCUGGGAGUCUGUCCACCCCAGGGAUACAUAACACACCACACGUGUCACGCAUACACAGAUCACACGCGUGUGCAUAGCCUUAUAUAACAUGCGCAUUUCUCACUGCGGCAUUGGAAAAACCAAGCUUGAGAAAUCCUUCUACCGGUAGUAUGGUAGUUGGAGGGUAACCUGGAAACCCCUGGUUCUCCAAACAGGUACAGGAUUCGCCUGGAUGUGAUGGUAUUUGCUAACAUAGCUGAAAUACAAUGAUCAAGGUCAAGAAAAUAGCAAUCAUGGUACUAAUAUUUGAUACUGAUCUAUAGACACUGGGAUUUUUUCAGUGGCAGUAUCUUUUAUAGCAAAAACACUAACAAAAUUCUUUUCUGACCCAGGAUCCAACCCAGGAUCCAUGUUCUGCUAGUUGGCACAUCUCCUUAACUUGCUUUGGACAGAAACGGUCUCUCAUUAGCUGGGCCUUUCUGAGGGGUCCUGGCCAGGAAUUUCAUAGUAAGUGCUCCAGUUCGGGUUGUCUGUGAUUUCCUGAUCCUUAAACUCAGGCAAUGUGUUGUCGGGAGGAGUACCAUGGGAGCAAUGCUGUCUUCGUGGUGCCUUCCAUCAGGAGACAGAUGUCUUCUUUGCCCCAUCAUCAGUGUCAUUGUGAUGACACCCUCUUGCUGGCAGAGACUCAUGGCCAAAGGGCCCAGAGCCUUGCUGCUCCGGACACCACCCCCCCUGCACCUCCACUUGCUCACCAGCCCUGGAGCUCCUGCAUGGACGUCCUGCUCCCAUUGUCUACAGUUUGGUGGGUCUCUCAGUCAGGGUCCCUUGUCUUUGCAUAUCUGGUGAGUGGGCUGCAGAUGGGAUUUGAGCAAGGCCAACCAGACCCUCUCCUUGAAUUUGGAUCUCGAUGAGGCCAACACAAGACCAGUCGUGUGUUCCAGAGAUGUCUGUUGGCUCCUGGUCCCUGCACCCUGGCUCUGGUCUAUAUGACCACAAACUGGGGGCUUGAAUGAUACACACUUACUCUCUAAAGAGUUCUGGAUGUUCAGAGUCCAGAAUGGGUCUCAGGGUCAACGUCAAAGUGUCAGCCGGAGCUGUGUUCCUUCCAGAGGCUCAAGGGGACAAUCUGCUUCCUGCCUUGUCCAGCGUCUAGGGGGCCCCCACAUUCCUCACCUCCUGGCCCGCCCUUGGUCCACAGGGCCAGCCGUGGUUGUCACAUCCUCAUACUGCCGUCUUUCUGGCUCUCCCUCCGCCCUCCUUUUACGGAAGAUCCCCAGGUGAUCCAGGAUCACCUCUGUCCUUUAUGUCAGCCGGUAAGUGCCGCUUCCAGUCGGCGACGAGAGAAGAAUUAGGCACAAACAAGUCAGCUGCAAAAGACUGGGAGCA